GAAAUAAAUAUAACAUACAUGAGUGCUGACACUACCAUAAUAGAAAAAAGUGUUGACAAUAAUAAUAUUUACCCCAUUGAAUUUCUUAAUUCACUUAACCCCAGCAGAAUUCCACUUGCGGAACUUAAGUUAAAAGUUGGUAUCCCAAUAAUGCUUCUUAGAAAUCUUGCACCAAAUCAAGAAUUAGCAUUUAUACCUCAAAUUACAUUAAUAUCUUCAAAUUCCGAGCUGCCAUUUAUCUUUAAGAGGAGACAGUUUCCUAUUCAUGUUGCCUUUGCAAUGACAAUUAACAAGGCACAAGGACAAUUGGUAAAAUAUGUUGGUUUGGAUCUUCGAACACCAGUAUUCUCCCAUGGACAACUUUAUGUUGCUCUUUCACGUAGUAUUUCACUAUAUAAUAUUAAAGUCCUUUUACUGUAUAAUAAUGUUGAUACAGCAACAACAAAUGUAGUAUAUCCAGAAGAAUUUAAAGAUGCAUUUUUUCAUUUAGAAAAAACAACAGGAUCAAUUGCUGGUGGCGUAGAAGCUACAAUAACAUAUCCAACAGAAUUUAUUAAAACACAAUUACAACUACAAGAUAACAAUAAUAAAAUUAUAAAAAUUAUAAAGAAAUUCAAAGGACCAAUUCAUUGUGCAGUAACUACAGUAAAAACACAAGGAUUUUUUUCACUAUAUAAAGGAUUAUCAGCCUUAGUGAUAGGCACAGCAGCAAAAGCAGGAAUCCGUUUUUUAACUUAUGAUCAACUUAAACUCUUGUUGCAAGAUGAUAAAGGAAACCUUACAGGACCUAAAUCUAUGAUUGCUGGAUUGGGAGCAGGGAUGGUGGAAGCUAUAACAGUUGUUACACCAACUGAAACAAUAAAAACAAAAUUAAUUCAUGAUACAAAUCGUUCUAUUCCACAAUACAAGGGACUUGUACAUGGUGUUUCGUUGAUUGUAGCCAAAGAAGGACUUGGAGGAAUAUAUAGAGGAUUGUUUCCUGUAAUGAUGAGACAAGGAGCAAAUCAAGCGGUAAGAUUUUCAGUCUAUUCAACUUUGAAACAAAGAUUCCAAAAAUAUUCAACACCAGGACAACCACUACCAUGGUCAGUCACAUUCUUAAUGGGAGCAAUUGCUGGUAUAAUAACAGUUUAUAGUACAAUGCCAUUAGAUGUUGUUAAAACCAGAAUGCAAGGAUUAGAUGCUACCAGUUUGUACCAAAAUUCAUUCCAUUGUGCAUGGAAAGUAUUAAAAGAAGAAGGAGUACUUGCAUUUUGGAAAGGUGUGACACCUAGAUUGGGUAGAUUAUUGGUUA